AUGACAUUUGAUCGAACAAGAGAAGAAGAGGAGCCCUCCUCGAUGUUAUUUAAUAACGAUUUAUGGGCACCACAACCCAUGACGGACUAUAGUUCGACAAGUAUACAGUUAGAUAUGCCACUGCCGGCAGUGUCAUCUAACAACAACAACAACAACAGCAACAACAAUAGCAAUAACAGUGCAUUACCCAGACCUGCAGUGAACACGACUAAUCCAUCAACCGCGCCUCCACCACCUAUGCUAGACCCAACCAAGAUUUAUCAUCCUGAGUGGGGAGUCAUCAAGGAUCAAGACUUUCAUCCGCUUACGUUGAAACAUCAGCGAGAUCUAGAGGUUCUUUUUCAAAGCGGGUCUGCUAUAUCUGACUUUUACUUUUGGCAAGCCAAUCUGGGUGGAUAUUGUAUGGCAGACAUGAUACAAGGUAAUGAUAAAUGUGAAACAAAAGAGUAA